AUGAGAAGUCAGACGUCCGCUUCAACUCAGGCGGCGUGGCUCUGCACAAUUUACAAAGGUACUCUUAUCGACCACCAAAUUGAAAGCAUCAAGAGGUCCCCCGAGCUGCAAGAAAUGGUUAGUGCAACGAUGCCCACCGGACCUACGGCGAUGGACCUUGUGGGAAGAGUGAGAAUGGGCCUCACUCCGUCUUUCAACCUGGCCGCCUCAGGUCAGGCAACCCAGUCACCUGGACCGGCGUCCGAGGUUCCAGUUAGAUCGGAUGGCACUGCCCUCUUAGAUUGUGAAGCGACCUCUAUUCUGCCACGGCAUGUCAUCCACGCCCUCAUCAACCGAUAUGUCCAACGUCUUCUCCCUAGAGCGCCCUUCAUAGCCGAAGACGUCCUGUGGAAACAAGCCGAGAACGUGAUGGCCACUCUCGACCCACACAGCGACGAAUCGACCUCCAAGUCGAGCCGCCGGAUCAAGCCAUCGUAUGAUCACCUCGUCGUUUGCACUGUGCUUGCCAUCUCUGCAACACUGGGUUGUAGCUACAGCGCCCACGAGUCGAGGUACAUGGCGUUCUCGGAAAUCCUAUUCAACGAAGGGAUUCAACAUAUGCGGAACGAAGCCAUCUUUCCUGACGAUCUGGCCGCCAUACAGGCAACUCUGUUGAUCCUGCAGUACGCCGAAAUCAAUCCGAAAUGUGCCAACAUAUGGGUCCUUGGAGGCGCUGCCAUGCGGUACUGCCUUGAUCUCGGCCUUCACCGGGAGCCUAUGCCAGAGCCGCUGGAAGAAAGAACGGCCGCCUCGCUAAACCUACGCAGGAGUAUCUUUUGGAUGGCAUAUUGUAUGGAUCGAGCCAUCUGCUCGGCCUUACAGAGACCGCUUUCCAUCCCUGAUCCCGCCAUCACAACCGGGUAUCCCGUCCUUGGACUCGAAAAGCUGGGGUCCUCUGACAUGGCGGACGGCGCCAAAGAUAGCAUCCCGCCGUCAGCGCGCAAAAGUGUGGCUUUCCAUCAGAUACUUUAUUGGCGGAUUCAAUCGACUAUCAUGGAAGCACAAGCGCGUGGGCUUUCCCUGGACGGCCACCAGGAGGAUGAAGAGUGGUUCGCUUCCGUUGAGCGGUCACUUCGGCAAUGGUACGAAGAUUGUUGGCCGAUCGAUGCGGCUCAAGCAGAAUUUGGACUGGUACACGGAUUGGUCAGCCUCUAUCGACCGCGAGCGACGUCGACGUCGACCCGCUCUACCGCCCACGUACAUGUCGCAUUCGCGAAUGCGUGCAAGUCAACCCAGAUCUACCGGGACAAGGUCCUGUACGGCUUUGUUCGCCGACCCUGGCUCGCCGCACACGAGAUUUCGCAGUCCGCGAUGCUGGCACUGUAUUGCCUCCGGUUCUACUACGAGAGCAUCGUGGAGUGCUACCAAAUAGGGGAACUGUAUGAGAUGAUGAAAGGCUUCACCGCAAACUUGUUGCACAUCGCCGGCCAGGGCUGGACGGAGGUCAAAAAGCUGGCUGCGCGGUACGAAAGGCUUCUGGCCCCCAUUCUCGAAGCCUUGCUGGGAGAAAGCCAGACUGGCCCGGUCAAGUAUCCGGCCGAGUACGAUGCAGAGCUGAACGCAUAUUUUGACCCCAGCUCUGCUCAUUUGGACUACCUUCACUUUGACAACAACAGUAACAACAGCACCUUGAACAUAGGUGCUAUGGAUGUCAUGGGCCCUGAUGCUUUCAUCUGGGACGAGGAUUUGACCCAUAUUUUUGACGCGGGCGAUUUGUUCGAUUGGAAUAUGGAGGCAUCAUCUCUGACCAUGCCUGAAGUUGAACCCGUCAAUCAUGAAAACCUCAUGAUGACCGUUGCCUAA